AUGAAAGAAGUAUUAAUCAGAGCAAAACCCUUUUUUGCUGUUGUAUUUCUCCAAUUAGGUCUUUCAGGAAUGUAUAUCCUUUCAAAAAUGGCCUUGAAUGAAGGAUCUAGCAAUUAUGUAUAUGUUGUAUAUCGACAAGCUGUUGCAACUCUUUUCAUGGCUCCAUUUGCAAUUAUUCUAGACAAGGGGAAAAGACCAAAGAUGACUUUUUCAAUAUUUGCCAAGUUGGUACUUCUUAGUAUAUUAGAGCCAGUGAUAGACCAAAAUCUAUAUUCUCUUGGCUUGAAAUAUACAACAGCAACAUUUGCAGCUGCAAUGUACAACACUCUUCCUGCCAUUACUUUCAUAAUGUCUUGGAUAUUCAGGCAAGAGAAGGUGAAGUUUACAAGUAUUGGGAGCCAAGCCAAAAUAAUUGGGACUAUUGCUACAUUUGGUGGAGCCAUGAUUAUGAUGUUAGUUAGAGGCCCAGAGGUUCAACUAUUUCCAACAAAUGAAUAUUAUGUGAAUAAUAAUGAUGCAUCUGAUCAAAUUAGUGGUGGGAUUAUUCUUAAUGAUGCUAUCAAAGGUUCCCUAAUGAUAAUGCUUGGGUGUACUAGUGGGGCCGCCUUCAUAAUUUACCAGACAAAGAUACUGCAGACAUAUCCAGCAGAGCUCUCACUACAUACUUGGAUAUGCUUGUUGGGAACAGUUGAGGGAGGUAUUAUAGCAAUGAUAAUGGAAAGAGGGAAUAGUGCAGUUUGGAUAAUAAAUUUGGACUCCAAAUUUCUUGCUGUUGUAUACAGUGGAAUAUUUGGUUCUGGACUAGCAUAUUAUAUACAAGGAGUAAUAUUGGAAGAUAGGAGCUCUCUAUUUAUCUCAGCCUUCAAUCCAUUAAACAUAUUAAUCGUAGCUAUAAUAAGUUCAAUUAUUCUACAAGAACAAAUGAACCUUGGAAGGAUACUUGGUGUUGUGGUGAUUAUUAUAGGCCUUUACAUAAUCUUGUGGGGUAAAAGCAAGGAUCAUAAAAUAUUAUCUCCAUCAAAAGAUGAACAAGCAAUAAUAUCACCAAAAAAAAUAUUGUCAAAUAAUGAAAAUAAAUUAAGUGACAAUAAAGAUAAUUUAAGUAGUCAAAAUAAUGUUGUUAUCAACAUUAAGCCAUUAAAAGAGACAAUUGUUAGUAAUGAAAUAAUAGAGUGUUGUUGUUAG